CUGUAUUUUAAUUAUUUUACAAUUUUUAAACUUUUUAAAGGCUACUUGCGUCUUCUGGUUCCCUUUAUGAAUUAUUUUCUUCUUUCAAUUUUAUUAUUCCUAUUUUCUUUUGCUGCUUCUAAUUCCAAUCCAAAUGGAAACUUUCUUGUUAUAACUGAUAUUCACAUUGAUGAAAAAUACAACAAAAAUGGAAAUAGAUCAGAAAUGUGUCAUUUAGAUGAAAAUAGUGGAAAUCAAACACCAAAAGAGGCCAGAGACGCAGGAGAAAAGGAUGCUAUUGGGACAUAUGGUGAUCGGAAAUGUGACUCUCCACCGGCAUUAGUUGAUUAUAUGUUAGAUGAAGCAAAGAGGCAUAUUCCAAAACCUGAUUUUAUUAUAUGGACUGGCGAUACUGCGGCUCAUAUAAAAUACACACAAAAAGAAUUUAUUAAUACAAUGAUGACUGUCACCGAUUCUAUAAAACAACGAUUUUCUGAUGUUUUGGUCAUCCCAAUUUUGGGUAAUCACGAUAUGGAACCUUCUAAUUCAUUUCCUGACGAUGCAGAACAAUUAGGGAUGUAUCAAGGAAUUUAUGAUCUUUGGAAGGGAUGGAUUGGUGAUAAACCUAAGGAAACUUUUUUGCGUGGUGGAUAUUAUUAUUUUAAAUCUCCAUUGGACGGAUCUGAAUAUUUAGUUUUGAACACAAAUAUUUAUUAUGUAAUAAAUACUGCAAUUGAAAAUUUUACAAAUCCAGAGGACCCAACUGGCCAAUUUGAAUUUAUUGAAAAAUAUUUGGCUGAAAUUAAAUCAAAAAAUGGAAAAAUAAAUAUUGUUGGGCACGUUCCGCCAGGGGGUAGUAUUCGGUAUGUUUUUAAUUCUGACAAGACAGAAUGGCAAGUUGAAAUGCCGAAACAAUACAAUAAACGGUUAAUUGAUUUGUUUACAAAAUAUGCAGAUUCUAUUGGGUUUAUGUUAUUUGGACAUUUACAUACUGAUACUUUUAGAAUUUUGAAGGUUUUUUUAAAAUUAGUUUGGGAGGCAAUAGGUGCAUAUAAACGACUGUUUAGGUAAACUACUUUUCAAUUAGUUCCCUUGCGUUCCUUUUCUCCACCAAUUUUUGCAAACUUUGAGGCCCCAAAACUUUUUAGUUUCACAUCGACAGUUAAAAAGAUAGAAAAUUUUUUUAUAGUAAAUCGAUGAUCCAUUGACACUAAAAAGGGUACAAAGUUACGCCAAAAUUUUGGCGCACAUCCCAUGUUAGCCCUCC